UUAUUUUUGCUCUAGAUGAUGAUAAUAUUGAUGAAGGUAUCCGACAUUUCAAAUGAGGCCAGACCUAUGGAUGUGGCAGAGCCAUGGCUUGAUUGCCUACUAAUGGAGUUUUUCAAUCAGCUCUUAAUGAUAUUGAUAAAAGUAGCUGACAUUUCUAAUGAAUGUCGUCCAAUGGAUGUGGCCGAGCCCUGGCUAGAAUGUCUACUACAGGAGUUCUUCAACCAGAGUGAUGUUGAGAAGCUAGAAGGUCUGCCGGUCGCUCCAUUCAUGGACCGAGAAAAAGUGAACAAAUCUUCAUCUCAGAUUGGCUUCAUCAAGUACGCCCUGCUGCCUCUAUUUGAGUCUUUAGGAGAACUGUUUCCUGUCAUAGAGGCGGACAUUAUCCAGCCAGUACGGACGGCCCUGGAAUACUACACAGACAUGCACAAGGCUUUGGAAGAGGAGAAAAAGAAGCGUGAUAGUGUAGGGGACUUAUCGAAACAGAACGGCAUUACACAGCCAAGUCAGAUUUCCACAUGACCCUUGCUCCCCCUCCGUCGCUCCUAGUGGACUAGUCUCAUAUACCUGCCAAGCUGUGAGAUACCAGCUGACACCCCUGAUGAUGUGUAAUGGUGCAAUCCCCUCUUUGUUGUGAUGGGUUCCAUAUUCAGAUAAAGGGGACAGAAAUAUUUUUCAUAAGUGAUAUGUAUUCUUUUAUGAUGGAUGGUGAACCUGGCAAGUAUUGAUUUAAAUCUGACUCUGUCGAAAUAUAUUGAAGGUCUUCAAGAAGGCCAGGUAAAAAAAUUGAUUCAGUGACUAGGCUGGUGAUAGUUUGUCUCAGGACCUGAGAGAUUUUGAGGACAUGUGGUGAUUCUGUGGUCUCAGGACCUGAGAGAUUUGGAGGACAUAUGGUGAUAGUUUGUCUCAGGACCUGAGAGAUUUUGAGGACAUAUGGUGAUAGUUUGUCUCAGGACCUGAGAGAUUUUGAAGACAUUGUUGUGAUACCUUUUUUUAUUUCAGGAGCUGAGAGAUUUUGAGGAGACGUUGUACUGCCUUAGAUUCAUGAACACCUCCUGUUACUAAUAGUUUUCAUUUUCAAUUUUAUGUUAAAAAAAUAUUUUAAAAUGUUUAUUUAAAAUCUUUGAGAUGUUGAUAAUAAUUUCUUAUCUGUGAACUCAGAAUGUUAUGUGAAUGAUGUUUUAACUUAAUGAGGUCCUCGGUGUGAGGACAUUCAUUUGUAAUUGGAGAACAAUGAUAAAAACUACAUAUUUAUACUCGGAUGUAGAAUCAGUCGUUUCAGCAAAUCUGGGACACAGGUUUGUAUUGUCUUUACUGAAUUACAUAGGAAAUGAUGUUUUAUAUAGAAACCAACUCAGUCAUGUUUAGUUCGUUUGAAGGAAUUUAUAAUUCUUAUUUUAAGGACACAGGAGACAAAGUCUUAGAUGACCUAUUACGACUGCCGUUUGUAUUGUCCGGCGUCAUGUGUCAUCACAUUUCACAUUUUCGACUUCUUCUCCAAAACUCAGCUGAGGCCAAUUCUGUGAAUCACCUUGGGUAUAUUUUCACAAAUUAUUCGACAUCUUAAGUUGAUAACAGCAUAUCUCAGUGAACAUGAUUAUAAGCUCAUAUUUGUCUAAAGUAAAAGUACUAAAAUUGAGAAUAUUGUCAUGGAAACGAAACCAAAUAUUGUAAAUCCAAUACAGAUUUGAUGAAACACGGGCAAUAUAUGAACGAAAUCUCGAUUUAAAUGGAGACCCUUGAAUUGAGUACAAGGAGAACAGCCAGUUCUUGAAGGAUAGAAUAGGAUGUUUCUUUAUCCUGCUAUAUUUUUCAUUGCUAAAAGGGCUUAUUACAGGAUAACUACGGUACUGAUAUUUAGCACCAGGGCUUAUUACAGAAUAACUACGGUACUGAUAUUAGGCACCAGGGCUUAUUACAGGAUAACUACGGUACUGAUAUUUAGCACCAGGGCUUAUUACAGGAUAACUGCGGUACUCAUAUUAAGCACCAGGGCUUAUUACGGGAU